AUGGAAACUGCAGGGCUAUCUUUCUCCAGAGGCUUUGUUGUUAUGAAUCUCCUCCAGAUGACAAUACCAAGUUCAGAACAAUUCACGGUGAAUAGCUUAGAGAGGCCAGUCUUGGCUGCACUGGGUGGGAAAGUUGAGCUCAGUUGCCAGUUGUCUCCACCACAAAGCGCAGAACACAUGGAGAUACGCUGGUUCCGGAGUCACUACACACGACCUGUUUACCUGUAUAAGGAGGGUAAAGACCUGUAUGGAGAAACUAUCUCCAAGUAUGUGGAGCGGACAGAGCUCCUGAAAGAAGCCAUUGGAGAAGGUAAAGUGACCCUCAGGAUCCUUAAUGUCAGUGCUGAUGAUGACGGGCAGUACCACUGCUUCUUCAAAGACGGAGAUGUCUAUGAAGAGGCCAUCGCAGAAGUGAAGGUCACAGCUACAAGUUUAGAAAUACAAUUUCUUAUUCAUCCUCCGAAUACCAAAGGUCUUUUAGUGGAGUGUAAUUCAGAAGGUUGGUUCCCACAGCCUCAAAUGGAAUGGAGAGACAGCAGAGGAGAGAUCAUUCCACCUUCAUCAAAAUCCCAUUCGCAGGAUAGAAACAAAUUGUUCAACAUGAAGAUGAGCCUUCUCCUUAGAGAUAGCUCCCAUGGCAACAUCACUUGCUACCUUCGAAACCCUGUAACUGGUCAAGAGGAAAGGGCAAGCAUUGUCUUAUCAGAUAAACUAUUUCCAUGGGAUUCUGUCUGGAUACUGAUUCUAGUUGCAAUCUUGGUUGUUCUGCUAUUCUUCAUUAUGAUGUCCAGUGUUGAGCUACAGCAAAGAGAGCAACGUAGGUGCUGUGACUGGAAUUCUCCCUGCCUGAUAGGCAUUGGGAUAGUCUUCUCUUCAGUGUGUGUAAUCACUGGACUCACUAUUACUUUGCAUCACAGAAACAGAGUUCCUGUUUCAGAUCGAAAAUUCCAGUUUGUUUCUAUGUAUUUGGAAGAUAUGACUGUGAUGGUGUGGGUGCUGAUGGUCUUCAUCACCAUGCUUAUUUCCUUGGUUUACUUCAGACUGAGAGGCUUUUUCCAAAUAUAAGAGAUUCAGCAGCAACAAACUUCUCAUCUGGAACUUUGGAUAGAGAGACUACAGUGGCACAAUAUUCUAAGAACUCAGAAGAAAAUAAUUGUAAACCCACAAUUUUAUGAAUGGCCAUAAUUGCUAUGUGGAGGAAAAAUUAAAUGUAUUUGAAUAUUUAAAUUUGUAUUACAUUUAUAGUUUUUGUACAAAUGAUGGUAACUAAAAAAAGAUAAUAAUUUAAUCAGAAGAUAACAAGCUAAGGGAAUAAGUAUAUUAAAACCAAUAAUUUACAUGAUAAAAUGGAAAUAACUCUCUGGAAGUAAAAAUCAAUCUAUGUCAGUAAUUAAAUGUCAUUUUAUCAAUAAUUAAACAUGGAAUAUAUAAUAAUGUUUUGUGGUACUAAAUGUCUCAAAAUGGAGUAAUUUCUGUCUUGGCUUAGAGUGAAAGUGCUGACACUCUGAGUAAUAAGCACAUGUAUGGAGGGAUGAGGUGAUAACACCUGCUGUGACCAGCCACCACAGGCACCUGACAGAAAAGUGCAGCCAAAAGGCAGCUAAAGAUGAUGACUAUGAACAGAGGCCCUCUUCAGAGGGCCAUAAAAACCACAAAGAAACUGAAGAUGGUCAUGAUGCCUGCAGAGGCUCUGCCGCUGACAACUGUGAGGAGAGAAUUCUGGCUCUGAAGCCUCUUCUCUAUGACAGCAGCCACUGGAAGCUCUGCUAUGGUGUUCACAGGGAAAACAGAUCUGCCAGUGGGUCAGUCAGCAUGCUGGUCUCCAGAAGGACUCCCUGCUGUUCAUACUCCUUUUCUCUUAUCUUUGUCUGCAUGU